AAUCAGCAUGUCCGGUCGCGGUAAAGGAGGUAAAGGUCUCGGAAAAGGAGGCGCCAAGCGUCACCGAAAAAUCCUUCGUGAUAACAUCCAAGGAAUCACUAAGCCAGCCAUCCGUCGACUUGCUCGCCGUGGCGGUGUCAAGCGAAUCUCCGGCUUGAUCUACGAAGAGACCCGUGGUGUUCUCAAAGUUUUUCUCGAGAACGUGAUCCGUGAUGCUGUGACAUACACGGAGCACGCCAAAAGGAAGACUGUGACAGCCAUGGAUGUGGUGUACGCUUUGAAGAGACAGGGCCGCACUCUGUACGGAUUUGGCGGUUAGACAGACCAUCCUGCCACAAUACAAACGGCUCCUUUAGGAGCCACCAAAUACAAAGAAAGUCAUGAUCAAUACACAUGUAUGUUUUUUUACGAACGCUUAUAUCUCGCACAUACAGAUAAUUUGCCAAGGGAAAUAUCUGCACCAUCCGCACGCAAUACGAUAUGGGGCAGUAGCUCGGACAAAGAACGUUGCGCGCAUACGAAGAACAAUCGAAAUCUCGUUGGCAUUACUUGCCCGCUUUCUCUUUUCCCUCAACCUUCCCUCCUUCUAACCUUGUUUCUACAGUUGAAUACUUUUACAACCAUUAGGUUUUUCCAUAAAGCUAUUCAUAAUCCAAGAGCAUUCUUCGCUUGUUGCUUGUUAGUUACCUACAUCACUUUCCUUUCCGAGUGUUCUUUUAUGAAUCGCCUGAGUAUAAAUUGACUAUAAAAUCAGGAUCAAACCAGCUCAAUUUCAAACUGAAGUUAGACGCUAUUUCUUAUAACCGCCAGUAACGUCGGCAUCAAAGAUUCAACGAUAAACAAUUUUGGCGCGCAAUUCACGCCUGUUUGCGUCGAGUAAAAGUUCUGAUGGCGUUAUUUCUAAGAUCUUGUCUCUGUACGGAUAUGGCUGUUAGAUAGACCCCCCUGACACAAUACA